GGCGCGGGGCGGGGCGGCGCUCUGCAGUCGGCAGCAGACGGCGCCUCGGGACUGCGAGCUGAGGCGCCGGCCAUGCCCCCGCGCCGCCUGCUGACGGCGUGUCUCAUGGCGCUGCUGUCGACGUCGGCCGACGUCAGAGCCACCCAGGGUCCGGCCAGCAGCGCCGCGACGCCGCCUUCCUUCGCCAAGAGAGGACACGAGGCCGGCUGUAAGGAGCUGCGCUCGCAGCGCUACGUGUCGGACGGCAAGUGCUCCACCAAGCGGCCCAUCUCGGAGGUGGUGUGCGCCGAGUGGUGCGUGGCCCCCGCCGCUCCCCCGGGUGGCGGCUCGCUGUCCGCCGCGGACCGCUCCUCCUACUACGGCGAGGCGGACUGGCGCGCCUGGCGGCGGCGGCGGCGCGGCGGCGGCGGAGGCGGAGGCGGCGUGCGCCUCGAGAAGUGGUGGUGCGCGGCGGGGGCCACGCGCCGCCGCCGCGUCAAGAUGGUGUGCGCGGACGCGUCGGUGCGCGUGUACCACGUGCGCGUCGUCAAGGGCUGCCGGUGUUCCCGCAGCAAGCCGGCGGCCAGGACGAGGCCUGCCGGGCCGGUCGCGGGGGCCCUGCAGUAG